UACAGUGGCGCGAUCUCAGCCCAUUGCAACUUCCACCUCCUGGGUUCAAGUGAUUCUAGUGCCUCAGCCUCCUGAGUAGCUGGGAUUACAGGUGCCAGUCAUCACGCACGGCUAAUGUUUUGUUUUCAAUUAGCAAUAAUUGCGCCUCGGAUAAACCUCAUUGGCUAUGAUACUGCCACUGAGCAAAGCUAAUGUUUUGUAGUUUUAGUAGAGACAGGGUUUUACCAUGUUGGUUAGGCUGGUCUUGAACUCCUGACCUCAGGUGAUCCGCCCGCCUCAGCCUCCCAAAGUGCUGGGAUUACAGGCGUGAGCCACUGGGCCUGGCCCAUACUGGCUCUUGACUCUUCCUUGAACCAGCCAGAUUUGCUUCUGCCCCAGCACUCCGACUUGUACUUUCUGGCCGGCGUGAUCUUCCCUCAGAAGAUGGCUUAGUUCCUUUGAUUACGCCAAGUCCUCAUCACCAUCUAACACGCUUAUGUUUUACUUAUUUCUUGCCUGUCUCCCCACCAUAAGAUCCAAGAAGGUUGGGAUUUCUGUCAUUUUUUUUUGUUCACUGCUAUAUUCUUGGUGGUGUCCACAUGGUAGGUGCUAUUUGUUGACUGAACACGUACGCAAAUAUUUCCCUGAGUUUGUCACAUAUCUAUGUUUUUGAUGUUGUCUGCCAUGCAACAAUCUUAUUUACAUACUCGAAUCUGUUUAAAAAAAUUUUUGAGAUGGAAUCUCACUCUGUCGCCCAGGCUGGAGUGCAGUGGCGUGAUCUUGGCUCACUGCAACCUCCGCCUUCCGGGUUCAAGCGAUUCUCCUGCCUCAGCCUCCCAAGUAGCUGGGAUUACAGGCGCGCACCACCACGCCCGGCUAAUUUUGUAUUUUUAGUAGAGACGGGGUUUCACCAUGUUGGCCAGGCUGGUCCUGAACUCCUGACCUCCGGUGAUCUGCCUGCCUUUGUCUCCCAAAGUGCUGGAAUUACAGGCGUGAGCCACCAGUCCCGGACUAAAAUUUUUUUUAAUAAGGCUCAACUUUUGCUUCCUGCAGAAUUAAUUUUCUCGUUUAUUAAACUGUUUAUUAUGAAAAUCUUCAAACAUACAAUAGCGUCAUUCCAUUAUUUCUUGACUGGGAAUUCCAUCAGGGCAGAGGCCUUUGAUUUUUCACCGUCUGCCAGCAGCUCAGCAACCCCAGGGAAUGUUUCCAAAGAAUGAAUUAAUGGCAUGAGGGCUUCUCCGGGGCCUGCCUCAGGUCCCCCCGCGGUGCCCAGCACAGUCCCGGGAGCCGUUUGCCGACUCAAGGCGCCGGUCCUGGUUUCUCCCGCCAGGCCCGGCCUUUCCCCGUACACUCACGCGGCCACCUCCAGGCGCGAGUUUGGACAGGGCUUCCAGAAUGGCAGGAGCCCUGACUUUCAAUUGAACAAAGUUUUUCCUGGGAGCCCGCCGGUCGCAGCCCCACCCGGGCCAGAAGCCGCCUUACAGACUAGGCCUCUGCUGCCGGCGCCGCUCGCGCGCGUUCUUCCCUCUUCAGCCCUCCCUCUCCUUCCCAACCCCCCUCCCGCCACGGGCCGUGGCGGUUGGUCGUCCCUUUCCCACCCCCUCAGCUAACGAGCGGGCUCUAGGCCCUCUGGGAUUGGCUGUGCCUGAGCGCAUCUUCCCUCAGCGUUUCUGAUUGGUCGCUGGACGCGCGGGAUGCGAGUCCCCAUUGGCUAGGCCAGGGCGCCUGCGCGGCGGGGUUCUCGGUCGCCAGCCAUUCCUGGGGAGGACUGCCGGUCGUUCGGACGUCUAACCUGUCGCUGGAGGAGAGGUCCGGGCUCUCCGAGAAGGCGGCUGCGGCGACAAAAUGAAGAUAUUCGUGGGCAACGUCGACGGGGCGGAUACGACUCCGGAGGAGCUGGCAGCUCUCUUUGCGCCCUACGGCACGGUCAUGAGCUGCGCCGUCAUGAAACAGUUCGCCUUCGUGCACAUGCGCGAGAACGCGGGCGCGCUGCGCGCCAUCGAAGCCCUGCACGGCCACGAGCUGCGGCCGGGGCGCGCGCUCGUGGUGGAGAUGUCGCGCCCAAGGCCUCUUAAUACUUGGAAGAUUUUCGUGGGCAAUGUGUCAGCUGCAUGCACGAGCCAGGAACUGCGCAGCCUCUUCGAGCGCCGCGGACGCGUCAUCGAGUGUGACGUGGUGAAAGACUACGCGUUUGUUCACAUGGAGAAGGAAGCAGAUGCCAAAGCCGCAAUCGCGCAGCUCAACGGCAAAGAAGUGAAGGGCAAGCGCAUCAACGUGGAACUCUCCACCAAGGGUCAGAAGAAGGGGCCUGGCCUGGCUGUCCAGUCUGGGGACAAGACCAAGAAACCAGGGGCUGGGGAUACGGCCUUCCCUGGAACUGGUGGCUUCUCUGCCACCUUCGACUACCAGCAGGCUUUUGGCAACAGCUCUGGUGGCUUUGAUGGGCAAGCCCGUCAGCCCACACCACCCUUCUUUGGUCGCGACCGCAGCCCUCUGCGCCGUUCACCUCCCCGAGCCUCUUAUGUGGCUCCUCUGACGGCCCAGCCAGCUACCUACCGGGCCCAGCCGUCAGUGUCACUGGGAGCUGCCUAUAGGGCCCAGCCUUCUGCCUCUUUGGGUGUUGGCUAUCGGACUCAGCCCAUGACAGCCCAGGCAGCCUCUUACCGCGCUCAGCCCUCUGUCUCCCUUGGGGCACCAUACAGGGGCCAGCUGGCUAGUCCUAGCUCCCAGUCUGCAGCUUCUUCACUCGGCCCAUAUGGUGGAGCCCAGCCCUCAGCCUCGGCCCUUUCCUCCUAUGGGGGUCAGGCAGCUGCGGCUUCUUCGCUCAACUCCUAUGGGGCUCAGGGUUCCUCCCUUGCCUCCUAUGGUAACCAGCCAUCCUCUUACGGCGCCCAGGCUGCCUCUUCCUAUGGGGUUCGUGCAGCUGCUUCUUCCUACAACACCCAGGGAGCAGCUUCCUCCUUAGGCUCCUACGGGGCUCAGGCAGCCUCCUAUGGGGCCCAGUCUGCAGCCUCUUCACUAGCUUAUGGAGCCCAGGCAGCUUCAUAUAAUGCCCAGCCCUCGGCCUCUUACAAUGCCCAGUCUGCCCCAUAUGCUGCACAGCAGGCUGCUUCCUACUCUUCCCAACCUGCUGCCUAUGUGGCACAGCCAGCCACAGCUGCUGCCUAUGCCAGCCAGCCAGCAGCCUACGCCGCACAAGCCACUACCCCAAUGGCUGGCUCUUAUGGGGCCCAGCCGGUUGUCCAGACCCAGCUGAAUAGUUAUGGGGCCCAAGCAUCAAUGGGCCUCUCAGGCUCCUAUGGGGCUCAGUCGGCUGCUGCGGCCACUGGCUCCUAUGGUGCCGCAGCAGCCUAUGGGGCCCAACCUUCUGCCACCCUGGCAGCUCCUUACCGCACUCAGUCAUCAGCCUCAUUGGCUGCUUCCUAUGCUGCCCAGCAGCAUCCCCAGGCUGCUGCCUCCUACCGCGGCCAGCCAGGCAAUGCCUACGAUGGGGCAGGUCAGCCGUCUGCAGCCUACCUGUCCAUGUCCCAGGGGGCCGUUGCCAACGCCAACAGCACCCCGCCGCCCUAUGAGCGUACCCGCCUCUCCCCACCCCGGGCCAGCUACGACGAUCCCUACAAAAAGGCUGUCGCCAUGUCGAAAAGGUAUGGUUCCGACCGGCGUUUAGCCGAGCUCUCUGAUUACCGCCGUUUAUCAGAGUCGCAGCUUUCGUUCCGCCGCUCGCCGACAAAGUCCUCGCUGGAUUACCGUCGCCUGCCCGAUGCCCAUUCCGAUUACGCACGCUAUUCGGGCUCCUAUAAUGAUUACCUGCGGGCGGCUCAGAUGCACUCUGGCUACCAGCGCCGCAUGUAGGGCCAUCCUGGGAUUGGGCACCACAGGGAGGGAGGGAGAAAAGAGGUGGGUAGGGUUACAGAUCCAGGUUAUAACUACUCUGGCCCAUAUCUUUCCUGGUUGCGGUUUUUCAUCCCCUCUACCAUGUGGGCCUUCCCCAGGAGAUGAUCCUUUUGAGUGUUCGGCAGUAACCUACUUUGUUCCUUCGCCUCAGCAGCAAAUCUUGCUACUGGCUCUAGAUCUGCGGUUUCCCCUCUACCUUGCCUCCCGUCUCCCCAGAAUGGGAAUUUCUUUUAUGUUUUUAUUUUUUUCCUGGCUCCCUUUUAUUUUUGUGCGCGAUAUUUAAGGUCGUCUGGAUGGGGAAGCAACCUGCAGCUGAGGUCGCCGGCGCCUUUUUCUUUUUAGAUGGGAAGGAGGCCAGGAAAGGGUUAGCUUAACCAUUUCCUAUGCGCCAAGCUGUGCCAGCAGUCCAGGGUACCCUGACUGUUCCUCUGUAGACUGUUGAGACUGAGUUCCUGUUGGGACAGUCAGUCGGUAUGUAUCCAAGUCCCUGCUGACCACUAAUGUUCUAGCUGAUGGUGAGCGGCACAGUCCCACUUCCCCAUCUCCCCAAGUAGGUGGUGUUAGAAAACGUUAAUUUUUUUCCCUUUUGUAUGGACUACAAAUAAAACUUGGGGCAAUUUGCAGUUUGGAAA